AUGCCGGAAGACGUACAAAUGAAAGAAGCCGGUGAGAGCGAGGGAGAAACCUUUGCCUUUCAGGCAGAGAUUGCUCAACUUAUGUCUCUCAUUAUCAACACCUUUUAUUCAAACAAAGAAAUAUUUCUUAGAGAAUUAAUUUCAAACUCAUCUGAUGCUUUGGAUAAAAUUAGAUAUGAAUCCCUCACUGAUCCUUCUCGUCUUGAUAGUGGCAAAGAAUUGUACAUCAAAAUCAUUCCAGACAAAGAAGCUAGAACUCUUACCAUUAUUGAUACUGGUAUAGGAAUGACAAAGGCUGAUCUUGUCAAUAAUCUCGGUACAAUUGCUAAAUCAGGAACCAAAGCUUUUAUGGAAGCUCUACAAGCAGGAGCUGACAUAUCGAUGAUUGGUCAAUUUGGUGUGGGUUUCUACUCUGCUUACCUUGUGGCAGACAAAGUCACAGUUACAUCCAAACACAAUGAUGAUGAACAAUAUUUGUGGGAAUCAUCUGCUGGAGGUUCAUUCACAGUCAGACCAAGUCCAGAUGAACCGCUUGGACGUGGAACCAAAGUUGUUCUUUACAUUAAAGAAGAUCAAACUGAAUUUUUAGACACUAAAAAAAUUAAGGAAAUAGUCAAAAAACAUUCACAAUUUAUCGGAUAUCCAAUUAAACUCCUUGUCGAAAAAGAAAGAGAAAAAGAAUUGAGUGAAGAUGAAAGCGAGGAAGAAAAAGAAGGAUCCGAAGACAAGGACAAAGAAAAGCCCAAAGGUGUAGACAUUGAAGAUGUCAACGAAGAAGAAGAAGAAGGAACAAAGAAAGAAAAGAAAAAGAAAACGAUAAAAGAAAAAUAUGUCGAAGAUGAAGAAUUGAACAAGACUAAACCCAUUUGGACCAGGAAUCCGGAUGAUAUAACUCAGGAAGAAUAUGGUGAAUUUUACAAAUCACUUACCAACGAUUGGGAAGAUCAUUUGGCUGUCAAACAUUUCUCAGUUGAAGGUCAAUUGGAAUUCCGUGCUCUUUUGUUUGUUCCAAGGAGAGCACCCUUUGAUCUUUUUGAAAACAAAAAGAAAAAGAACAACAUUAAAUUAUACGUCAGAAGAGUUUUCAUUAUGGACAACUGUGAAGAUCUCAUUCCCGAAUAUCUUAACUUUAUCAAGGGUAUUGUCGACAGUGAAGAUUUGCCUCUCAACAUUUCAAGAGAAAUGCUUCAACAGAGUAAAAUCCUCAAGGUCAUAAGAAAGAAUCUCAUUAAAAAAUGCCUUGAAUUAUUCGAAGAAUUGGCCGAAGACAAGGAAUUGUACAAGAAAUUCUACGAACAAUUCGGUAAAAAUUUGAAAUUGGGUAUACACGAAGAUGCUCAAAGCAGAAACAAAAUCGGCGAGCUUUUGAGGUAUCAAACAUCCGCAUCCGGCGACGACAUUUGUUCCCUUAGUGACUACGUCGGGAGAAUGAAAGAAAAUCAAAAACACAUUUACUUCAUCACCGGUGAAAGCAAAGAACACGUCGCCAAUUCAUCCUUCGUCGAAAGAGUCAAGAAGAGGGGAUUCGAAGUUAUUUACAUGACGGAACCCAUCGACGAAUACGUCGUUCAACAAUUGAAAACGUUCGACGAAAAACAAUUGGUUUCCGUGACGAAGGAAGGACUCGAAUUGCCGGAAGACGAAGAGGAAAAGAAAAAGCGGGAAGAAGACCAAGUCAAAUUCGAAAAACUAUGCAAAGUCAUGAAAGACAUAUUGGACAAGAAAGUUGAAAAAGUUGUCGUCUCGAACAGAUUGGUCGAAUCCCCGUGUUGUAUUGUCACGUCGCAAUACGGUUGGACGGCCAACAUGGAAAGGAUCAUGAAAGCUCAAGCUCUCAGAGACAUGUCUACGAUGGGUUACAUGUCCGCGAAGAAACAUUUAGAAAUCAAUCCCGAUCACCCGGUCAUGAACACGCUUAGAGAAAAGGCUGAAGCUGACAAAAACGACAAAGCCGUUAAAGAUUUAGUCAUGUUGUUAUUCGAAACGGCUCUACUCUCUUCGGGUUUCGCAUUGGAAGAUCCGCAAGUUCAUUCCGCUAGAAUAUACAGAAUGAUUAAAUUAGGUUUGGGUAUCGACGACGACGACGACCCCGUCGUGGAAACUCAAAAAGUUGACGAAAUGCCAGAUCUCGAAACGGUCGAUGCAGACGACGCAACGCGAAUGGAAGAAGUCGAUUAA